AUGUUCCUCAGGAACGCCUUCAACGGCCCCUUCACAAUAUACUUCUUCCUCUGCCCUAAAUCAAGAUUCCCCGACGACCCGGCCGAGUACGCGGUCAGUUCUUUCCUCGCCAGAAUCAACCACGUCUUCGCCGCGCCGCGCGAAGUCUGCGACAACUGCGGCCAACCAGAUGCCGCAGGGGUUUUGGCGUCCGACACAGUUCCGAUUACGCCUUUGCAGCUCGACUACAUGGUCAACGGAACGCUCGAGAGCAUGCGGGCCGAGCAUGUGUGCCCGUUCUUGGUGAAAUACUUGCGCUGGAGGGUCGUCUCCGUAAGUCACCAUCCCCUCUGCGCAUUAUCGCGUGGAAGGAAAGAAGUGUGA